AUGGACGAAGAAAAGGUACAGGCUUAUGCGGACUUGGCGGCGCAGAUGAUGGAGUUGCAUGCGUCGAUUGCGCUGCUAGCACAAAACGUGGAGAAGAUGGCACGUACGGAUGAGGAGGUCACGAAUAUGACACGAAUCUUUAAUGGAGUGUUUAAGAAUGCGGCACAACAGACAAACUAUCGAGACCCUUCGACGUCUGUAUAA